AUGGUGGACAAAAUGGAUGCCAAUAUGGAACAACAGUUCGAUUUGAGCCUCAUUGAGGCCGUGAAAAUGAAUCCGGUCAUUUAUGAUCGUUCCCAUUAUAAUUACAAGCAUUUUGUGCGAAAGGCCCAGGUGUGGAAGCAGAUAUCGGAACAGCUUGGUAUGCCUGAACAAAAAUGCACCAAACGUUGGAAAAGUUUACGUGAUAAAUUUGCCCGGGAAAUGAAAUUGAGCACAGAGUCACGUUGGCGCUACUUUAAACAAAUGUCGUUCCUUGUCGAAUCUAUACGACAAUAUCGUGAAUCAUUGUUGGGUAAAUGUGGCCCAUUGCCGCCCAAUCAGACAACAGCAAAUCAAGUGGCCCAAGUCGAUCACACCCAGCAACAACAGGCUCAGCAGCAGCAACAUGUUGUGGACACCAUGUUUCCCAUCAAUGGGACAGCAGCAACAUCUCAACAGGCAUUACAAAAUCAUCAUGUUGAAAUAACCGUUACCAGUGAUAAUCAAUUGACGGCCACCACCACCCCCUCCUCGGGCAAGGAACAAAAACAAACCUUUUACUAUGAAGUCCCCAUGAAACGGGAACGCACCGAAGACGAUCUGUUUCACGAGAGUAUGCUGAAUCUGAAAUCGAAACAAAAUCAACAGGGUGUCAGUGCCGAGGAUCAAUCGUUUGGUGUUGUCGUCACCGAUAUGCUAAACACUUUGGGGGUGCGGCAAAAGGCAGAGGCCAAAGUCCAUAUUAUUAAAUAUCUGACCGAUAUGCAGUUGCUGGCUCAACACAAUAAAUAUUAA